GCGCAGGCUCUGUCCUUGGUGCUGAAUAAUGCACUGCCCAAAGACUGCUCAGGUGGUACUGCCGGUGGCUUCUCUCCGGUGUCUGUUGACACAUUUCCGCUACUGAUUCCCAGCUAGUACAGAAAUAACAAGAGGAAGGCCAGCCUGGAUAUAACUUUAACGACAUUAACCAUCUGGCAUCCUUUUAAAUUCGAGGGAGGCUGAGAAGAGCCCAGGCAUUCGAAACCAGCAGCUGCACGAAAAUCCAGUAAUCAACAAUAUCUCUUCCGGACCCGUAAGGAUGGAUACCGAGUAUCCCGGCUUUGAAAACCCUUUCUAUAGCGAAUUCAAGUACUUCUGUAAAAAAGUGCACGAGGCCUAUAACGAAUUAAAGGAGGAUCUGACGCCCUAUAGAGAUGAUCGCUAUUACAGAUUGGCACCUAUGCGAUUAUAUACACUGUCCAAACGGCAUUUUGUUUUGGUAUUUAUAGUUUUCUUCAUCUGCUUUGGAUUGACAGUCUUCAUUGGAAUAGCAGGUCCUAAAAUCAUUGAAGAGACAACCAUUAGUGGAUCAAAAUUUUUAAAGGCAAAUGGGACCCUAAAGACUGGGCCAUUUGAUCUGAAGUCACCACCAUUAUCUACUUAUAACCAACAGUUGUGGCUGACAUGUGUAAUAGAGCGUCAGCAGAUAGGAGAUGAAGAUGUCAGCAAACAAUUUAGCAUAAAUGUUGCAAUAAAGGGAGUUUUGCAGGAUGCCAGUGUAAAGCACAUCACUGGUGAUGCCCAUAACCGGACCAGAGUACUUCACUGUGGUGUUAAGUGUGAUGAAAUCAUUGUGGUUCACUUGGGAUAUCUUAAUUACACACAGUACCAGAUAAUUGUAACCUUCCAGAAUUUGCAACAAGAUCCUUCUGAAAUUAGAGAGGUUAAUUUCAUGUGGAAGACAUAUAAUCCCUCAUUUUCUCAAGUGGAAAUCUGGUUUCGAUUUGUAUUUGUCGUUUUCACCUUCAUGGUUACGUGCUUAUUUGCACAUUCUCUUCGGAAAUUUUCUAUGAGAGACUGGGGCAUUGAACAAAAGUGGAUGUCGAUCUUGCUGCCUCUUCUGCUACUUUACAAUGAUCCAUUCUUUCCUCUUUCGUUUCUGAUGACCAGUUGGUUUCCUGGCAUGUUGGAUGAUAUCUUCCAGGCCAUAUUUCUUUGUGCAAUGUUGCUGUUCUGGUUGUGUGUUUACCAUGGAAUAAGAGUUCAGGGUGAAAGAAGGUGUUUAACUUUUUAUAUGCCAAAGUUUUUCAUUGUGGGCCUUCUCUGCGUAUCGUCUGUGACACUGGGAAUUUGGCAAACAGUGAAUGAGUUGCAUGAUCCAACCUACCAAUACAAGGUAGAUGCUGAAAGUUUUCAUGGAAUGAAGAUUUUUUUCUUGGUUGUAGCGUCCAUCUAUAUUUUAUAUCUCCUGUUCCUGAUAGUAAGAGCCUGCUCUGAACUAAAGAAUAUGCCAUACAUUGACCUUAGAUUAAAAUUUCUGACAGCUUUAACCUUUGUGGUGCUGGUAAUCAGCAUUGUCAUACUGUACCUAAGGUUUGGAGCAAAAGUUUUACAAAAUAACUUCGUAGCUGAAUUGUCAACUCACUAUCAAAAUUCAGCUGAAUUUUUAUCUUUCUAUGGCUUAUUGAACUUUUAUCUCUACACAUUAGCCUUUGUGUACUCUCCAUCAAAAAAUGCCUUAUAUGAUUCCCAACUGAAGGACAAUCCAGCAUUUUCCAUGUUAAAUGACUCGGAUGAUGAAGUUAUUUAUGGAAGUGACUAUGAAGAAAUGCCCCUCCAAAAUGGCCGUGCAAUAAAAGCCAGCACCAAGUAUCCAGAUGAGACCGACAGCGAUUAACUUUCACAUGGGUUUAAUUAUGUAUGUAACUGGCUGUGCUUUGAUUGCAGAAGGAGACCUAUGAAGUUUACUUUGUGUAUAUAAAUAUAUAAAAGAAAAGUUUUUAAAUAAUGAAUGAUGGUAUUUCAGGGUUGAAUUGUUUUAUUUUGAAUACCGACAUCAUUGGUCCCACAUAGUUUUCUUCAAUAAUUGCAGUGCCUGGGUCAAGGAAUGUUGCUUCGCUUAAGGAAUUACAGUGAAUGGACUCUUGGCAGGAGUGUUCUUUACAACACUGUGCUACUGAAAGAAACCGAUCAAGAUUAUGAGACAUUCUUUUAAAGUUUUCCUCUUAUAUGACAGUGCUGGGACUUGUGCAAAAGGGAAUUAUGUGAAUGAUUUUUUUUAACUGUAAUUUAUUUUGUAAAAUAACUUGCAAACAAAAAAUAAGCUUUGGGAGUAUAACUCAAACUCCACAUUAUAAACUGUAAUAUCUUGCAAGUUUACUUUUUUAAUUCCAUUUUGUAGGUGAUGCGAAUUUAAAAUUGUCAGCCAAACUUACAGGUUUUUUUCUUUAAAGACAUUUUUCCAUGGAGCUUUAUAUUGUUACUUUUGAGUAAAUGUAUUCAAAGUUUGACAAUGGCCUGCACAAUACAAGUUCUGAGUCUCUCGCCUCAGUAGUAGUUUUUUUUUUUAAUUCUGUAGUUUGAUUUUGUUUGAUAAUUUUAAAAAUUAAGUCAAAACAUGUCUGUUUGUUUAUAGUGUGUUCCAAAACAAAAAACCAAGAAGUUUUUACUGCAAUAUUGUGCUACUCUUGAAGCUACGCUAUUCUUUCAGUUGUUGUACUGCAUAAAACAUGGGUCAUUUGGCUACAUUUUGCCAGGAAUAAGUUUUGCUUUGCCACAAAAAUCAGUAUUAGAUUACUUGCAGUAUUUUUUAUUUGUCAAUAUUUGUUUAAAUUAUUCAUAGAGGAGCUGCAUUUAAGAUGGGCUAAUAGUCUUAAUCUUUUUACUUAAAGCCUCUGUGCAGACCUUCGUGAUAUUUUUAGUAGAAGUAAAUAGCAGCUAAUUUGAACUUUCCACAGACUAAGCCCCCAUGACAUCUAUUGUGCAGUGAAUUGGUUUGGAAUACUGCAGUCGUCAAAAGUGACUGAUAUGUCUUAAGGUUGUAGACGAAUGGAGACCACAGUCUGAUGGAUUCCAUGUAUAGGUUGGCAAGCCUUCAUAUUACUUUGCUAAUGCUGUCACCUUUCUAUCAGGCCUUUGUACAUACAUUUAACCAGUGCCCUAAAAAAAAUUCUGUUCCUGACCCUUGAAAUUUGUUUGCUGAAAUAAUUAAUUUUCUGACUAAGAACUUGUAUGUUUUAUAAACAUCCAAGCCUGUAUAGAAAUGCUAUCUUAAGCUGCUGUACUUUUUAUCAGCAACCUUUAACAUUUUUGUAGAAAUUCAUACUUCUUUUAGGGUAUCUGGCUGGAGUGACUGAUGAGAAGAUUGUACUUGCAAUACAGAAUUCAAUUUUGGAAUAUUGAUUUAGUUACCUGGGGUGCAUUUUAGCCACUUGGUGAGGCUAUGUAAAUAAA